AUGUCAAACGACGUUUUAAAGUCGGAAAGAGCUUUCGAGCAGUUAGGACUGCCGCCGAUGGAAUUAGCGGAGUCAAUAGCAAUCCGUCGAGAUGCAAACUCAGUGCAGAAAUAUGUUUGCUCAUUCAUAAUAAAACUAUUUUGUUUGAUGUUACUAGUUUUAUUUGCGGUAGGCGCUUACAUAAUCAUAGUCCGGGUGUUUCAAAGUACAGAAAACCACCGCAACACAGAGAUUGUCAUCGUAUCUAACCAAAAAACUACGAAUAUCACUGUCGAACAAAAUGAUGUUGAAAUUUAUAUUAGUUUAAAAAAUAAAACGAAAUACCCCAGUGUAAAGCGAAAAAGAAGAAGUCCUACAAAUUACAAAGAAUUCAGUAACAUAAAUGAAUUUGACGAAACUUCUUUUAAGAAAGCUAAAGACAUAAUUUUAAACCAAGACACUCUAUGUAACAAAGACAAUCAAAACGAGAUCUGCAAGGACCUAGUUUUGAAAUUACAAACUAUACGUAAAGAGAACGAAGACUUAGAUAAAUUACAAGCCAAUGAUGAUAUUAAGGAAAUCACGAAGCGUGAAACUCGUCCUACCACAUCAAAUCAUUAUAAGCCAAGAUCAACAGCCAGUAUUGGUGCGGAAAUGAGAGCGUUUGGAGAUGUACCACACGGGCUUGUUCUUCCUGCUCCAACUUCUCUUCCUUAUUCACAAUCUCACCAAAAUCUUGCGCCGGCGCCAAUACCGUUGUUUUCAAAUCUGCUGAAAAAUCAUCCUCCACACAUUGAAGGCUACCAGAUCACACCGCAACAUUCUCCACUUGACAACGCGCAUCAUCAUAAAUCCAGUGUUAUUCAACCACCAUAUUCAGAAGCCCUGGAUUCGAAAUCAGGCGCGGAACGAGAUAAUUGGCACCCACAAGAUCUAGAUAUAUGGAGAAAUUUCAUGGAACCUCGUCCCAAUGUACCAAAUCCGUCAAUUACUUCAUCUCGAGAAAAUAAUUGUCCUGCUGGGUCCAUGGGAUGCGCUAGUGGUGAAACCUGUGUGCCUGAAAAACAUUGGUGCGACGGGAAAGUACAUUGCGAGGACGCCAGCGAUGAGAUGCAAUGCAGUUGCAAGUCUAGAGUCGACGCUUCUAGACUGUGUGAUGGAUAUUUUGACUGCCCGUUUGGAGAAGAUGAAAUGGGAUGUGACGGGUGCAGCGAAGAUUCAUUUAGCUGUGGCGACAACAAUUUUGAAAGUGUUGCCACUUGUUUUACCAAAGAGCAAAGAUGCAACAACGUAAGGAACUGUCCCAAUCACAAAGAUGAAAUUGAAUGUAAUUUAUUAUCCCCAAGUCUACAUGACAAACCUUUAUUUGCAGUAUCAAACACUGAAGGAUUUCUAAUGAGGAACUAUAAAGGAGAUUGGUACGCGGUGUGCAGAAACCCGUACGGUUUAGCUCAUGACGCCUGCCGUCGGGAAACUGGUCUAAUAAUAAGGCCUCCAUUUAUACAAGUACUCCAAGUAGAUCCAUUAUCAAGGGUUAACUAUUUGAACAUAGGCCAAGGUGGGUUAAUGCAUAUAAGUGGUACAUGCAUGAAUUCCUCGGCGGUAUAUGUGACUUGCCCAGAUCUUUUAUGUGGCACGAGGGUGUUGACUUCGUCCCAAUUACUAAGAGAGGACUUGUCUACAGAAAACAGACUAUUCGGUCGUAACAAAAGAUUGUCAUCAGUAAAAAAUUGCCCAUACCAUUCCGUUUUCUACGGUAAUCGUGUGAAAAGGCAUGAUGAAAGUCUAAAAUCAAGUUUAAAGCAUUUCAAUUCUUUGUAUGAGUUCGCUCAAGUGAGCAAUAUGAGCAAGGAGGGUAUUAGGUACAAACGGACACAAAGUAGAGUAGUUGGUGGGAGAGCUAGCCAACCUACUGCUUGGCCGUGGAUGGUGGCUAUGUACAGAGACGGCAUGUUCCAUUGCGGAGGAGUAGUUAUAACGCAAAGUUGGGUCAUGUCAGCAGCCCAUUGUGUCCACAAAUUUUGGGAGCACUACUACGAAAUAGAAGUCGGAAUGCUUCGCCGCUUCUCAUUUUCUCCCCAGGAGCAGAACCAUCGCGUCAGUCACAUAAUCGUGAAUCACAAAUACGACCGAGUUGACAUGAAGAACGACUUGUCAUUGCUGAAGGUGGAGCCGGCUAUGUUGUUCAGCCGGUGGGUUCGUCCGAUUUGUUUGCCGGGGCCGGAGACGGCGGGGCCAGAGUGGCUGUGGGGACCGCCGCCGAAGACACUUUGUACGGCGGUGGGAUGGGGAGCAACGGUUGAACAUGGGCCCGAUCCUGAUCAUAUGCGAGAAGUAGAAGUGCCUAUAUGGGAGAAAUGCAAACAUCGCGAGGAUAGAGCUGGCAAAGAAAUAUGUGCGGGACUUAGUGAAGGAGGCAAAGAUGCUUGUCAGGGCGAUAGCGGGGGACCACUUCUGUGCAGAAACCCUCAGAAUUCGCAACAAUGGUACAUCGCCGGGAUCGUAAGUCACGGAGAUGGCUGUGCUCGUAAAGACGAGCCCGGGGUUUAUACUCGGGUCAGUCUGUUUGUGGAAUGGAUUCGAUUUCAUAUUUUUUCCAAAACACUUCCUAAAAUUCAACCUAAAGCAGAAUGUCCGGGCUUCAAAUGUGUAACUGGAAUAUUUAAAUGUCUGCCAAAUAAACGAGUGUGUGAUAAAAUUGUUGACUGCCUAGGAGGAGAAGAUGAAGCCAAUUGUGCCUCUAUGAGAUCUGCAGAUAAUAUAAAGGAAAUAAAUGAUUUUACUGUACACAGCGAUGUGAAAAAUAAUGAAACCAAAAAAAGCGAAAAUUUACGAAUCGAAACUCAAACAGAUUUGAAUACCAUGCCACAAAAGGAUCAUGAUUUUACCAAAGAUCUGCCUUUUGCGUCGACUAUUGAAGUACCUAAAAGUUCAGAAUCUGAUAGCAACGAGGAUGAUUCUCAUGAGAACACGACAGAAGAUCCUAUUAGCACACCUCGCAAUACCAACGGUGAAGUAAGUCGUGGUGAUACUACGUCAGCAUCUCAAGAACAUGUAAUAAGAUCAGUUGAUAAUGACGAUGUGAUUGAAAUAAAAAGCCAAUUUAGAGAUUCUGAUAUACCAGAAGAUUUACCUUUUACAAAUACACCUACUGAAAUAGAAUCUUCUACUAGUAUUUCAACUUUUGCAAUAGAAGAUGAAUUUAAUACAAAUAAAGAAACAACACUUGCAUCACUUAUCGAAAACAAAGAGUUACCUGACGUACCUACUACGGACAAAACGGUAGACAUAAGUACUUCUACUGAGUCAACUACUGUUAUAAAAAAUGAUGACCAGAUAGGGGUUGAAUCUAAAUCACUAGACGUCGUAAUCCUUAAUCCGGCUACAAAUUCUGUAGAAAAUAAUACUCUUAUUAAAUCAGAUCUAAAUAUACCAAAAGACGAACAAGAUACCAAUGAUUCUACAUCACGUCCAACCAGUAAUACUGAAUCGCCUGGAAGAGAACUUCCUGAUGCUAUAGUAGACAAAAUAGGAGACAUUAUUGCGUCUGAAUUUCAUGCAAUGAAAAUAAAGAAAAAGCUGGUAACUCCAAAGGAAUAUAAAUGUCGUAGUAUUUCACAGCAUAUUCCAUACCGUCAACGUUGUGAUCAUAAAGCUGACUGCGAAGAUGGAACUGAUGAACUAGAAUGUUCCUGUGUUGAUUAUCUACGCGCAUUAGACGAUAAAUUAAUAUGUGAUGGAGUUUAUGACUGUUUAGACGGAGCAGACGAAAUAGAUUGCUACGGGUGCAAUAAGGAUCAUUUUCUGUGUCACCAUAGUACAAUUUGUCUUCCUUCAAAAUACGUCUGCGAUGGGAAACCACAGUGCCCAUUUGGAGAAGACGAACAAAAUUGCUAUACGCUAUCGAAUGGUCAGAACGUAGUAUUCGAUUUUGACGGAAGCCCUGUGAUCAAUCUCGAAGGAUAUCUAACAAGAAAACAAAGAAACGAUUGGCAUAUUUUGUGCGAAGACCAUUUAUCAAUAGAACAACAGGAACUCGAAGCAAACCACGCUUGCCGAUAUUUAGGCUUCAGCUCCGCUAAUAGAUACCAGCCGAAAUAUAUUAACAUAAAAGAACAUGAGAAACUGCGAUCAACGAUAAACGAAAGGACAAAACGUAAUUCUAUUGAAAAAGCGCCUAUCCAAUUUAUGUACCGACAAAGUGACGUUGAUAAUGAAACAGCUAGGCAUCUAGUUAUCAAAGAACCUCAAGUUAUAAAAGAGCAAUGUGUACCCAACAUAACAAAACUGUGUAUGUCACUGUACGUUUUUUGUGAAUCUUCGUUGGUCGAUAACCUUGUUGACAACUCUCAAGAACUUCAAUUGGUCCGAUCAGCCAAUCCAGUCGCUAAACAAAUGUGGCCCUGGAUAGCAAAAGUUUAUGCAGAAGGGAACUACAAGUGUACGGGAAUUUUACUGGAUCUAUCGUGGGUAUUAGUAAGCCACUCGUGUUUGUGGGAUUCAAUGUUAGGACAUCACUACGUCACAGCUGUAUUGGGGUCACCCAGAACUUUAAGGUCAAGUCUUGGUCCCUAUGAACAAGUUCACAAAAUCGACGGAAAAGUGGAAUUAUAUCACAUUCGAUCAACACUCCUUCAUUUGGCCGAACCAGCCAAAUACUCAAGCUUGGUGAAACCUAUGACACUUCCAUCAGUAAAUGAAUUUGAAGAAGACGGAAAACACUCAGUAUGCGUCGCCGUAGGGCAGGAUAAUAGUAACAAUACUGUUAGUGUAUUUCUAAAAGAGACGAAUAAAAACUGCUCAGCUCAGUAUAGGUGUUUUGUUCGUGAUAUUAAAAUGGAAAUUUGUCCGGAAGGUAUGGCAGUUCGCCGCCAAUGGGCGGGCCUCAUAAGUUGUCAUUCGGAACACGGAUGGCAACCUGCAGCAACAUUUGUAGACGACCGAGGCGAAUGCGGACUGGGAGACAGAAUUUUAGCUAGCGAUUUACAAAACCUGAGACACGAACUAAAAGUUAACUUUGCAAAAUUCAACGCAACUGGGGCAAUGACCGAAGACUGUCACGGACACCGCUGUAGCCGCGGACAGUGCAUAGACUUGAAGCAAGUGUGCGACGGGGUGAAAGACUGUGCGGACGCGGCGGACGAGUCUGUGUCGGCGUGCGAGAGGAAACAGCGGGUUUGCAGAAAUGACCCGUAUCUUGGGGGUUGCGAGUGCAAAACCGGCGAACUAAAAUGCAACAACGGCCGCUGCGUAUCCAAAGAGUUGUUUAAAGAUGGCGAGGACAACUGCGGAGAUGGUACCGACGAGCCGGGCCAGACCAUCUGCUCCGACUAUCUCUCGAUGGUGAUGCCAUCGCGGCUCUGCGACGGCAUCCUACACUGUCACGACAGGAGCGAUGAGGACCCUAAGUUCUGUAAAUGUCAUUCAAAGGAGAAUCACAGAUGCGGAGCAAGUUCAAACGGCAAAGUAGAGUAUUGCGUGGCGCAUGAUAUGGUGUGUGACGGAGUCAGAGACUGUCCCAACGGAGAAGAUGAGAUGUCCUGUCUCGGUCUAACUGCCCAGGCUUUUGCUCCGAAGGGAACAGGGAUAGUGACAGUCCUGUCACACGGCGUCUGGCACGCGAAAUGCUACGACAAACCCACUCACUCUCGACUAGAACUCGAAAACAUCUGCAGAGAACUGAACUACUUCAGUGGUCACGCGAAACAACUGAAAACGCCAGAGAACCACGAAUACAACUUACAUACGAACAUCGUUUUAGAACCUUUCAACGAACUUGUACUUAAUAAUAUGACUAAAAUCAAGAUGAGGAGUACUGACACACCUAUUGCUAGAGCUAUAAUGGAAAAUCUGGGCAACAAGAAAUGUUAUUUACUCAAUAUAGAAUGUCGUUAAAGUAGCGAAAACUUUAGGAUGAUAGGUUAGCAACACAAAAUGAUACCUCUUGGUAGCUUUCGCUGAAUCUUUAUGUCUUGAAUAGCUUUUAAUUGCCCAUAAUUAUUCGCUUAUUUAUUUUAUUUAUUAUAUUUUUACGCGUAAUUAUAAAUAGUUAUGAUAGAAUUAUGAGAUAUCCAGUUUUUAGUUUAAU